AUGAAGAUAAAUAUAUAAUCAACUUUGAACAUGUCAAGUAUCGACUUUUUGGCGAGGAUGGCUCUGCAUAGCACUUUGACUAUCAUCGGGGUCAUCAUCUUCACCUUGGGGCUGGUCGGGGGGUUUUGGGGCUUUUGGAAGUUGAUCUCCUGGAAAAUUUCGGGGAGCAUCAACCUAGGACCCGAGACUGACAUAAGGAAGGCCUGGGAGAAAGCUCCUAUCGCCAUAGACUUCAACGUCUACAUCUUCAACAUCACCAACCCAUUGGAGGUCCACAACGGAAGUACGCCCGUGGUAGAGGAGAUCGGACCAUUCGCUUUCUUUGAAUGGAAGGAGAAGGCAAACAUAGUGGACCACAAAGAAAACGAUACAGUUUCCUUCAACAUGAAGACAACCUGGUACUUUGACCCGGUGAGGAGUGGCCAACUAACCAUGGACGAGAUAGUAGUUGUGCCCCAUAUGGUGUUAGUGAACCUGGUGUAUAUCGUGGAGAAACGCAAGCCAGGCUCUCUCCGAGUGGUCAACAACGCUCUCUCCGACCUCUUCGACUCUCCGCAGACUGUCUUCGUCACCACCUCGGUCCGGGACCUCUUGUUCGGCGGCAUCCCCAUCAACUGCACGUCCACGGCGUUCGCCCCCGCGGCUAUCUGCAGUGUACUCCGCGGCCAGGCCUCCGCCCUACAUCAGUUCAGCGACGACGUCUUCGGCUUCUCUUUGUUUGGGGUGAAAAACGGCACCCCGGACGCAGGUAGGUUCAACGUCAAGCGAGGCACUCAAGAUCAUCGAGAAGUGGGUAAAGUGAUGCUGUACAACCAUGAACCUCAGCAAUACGUGUGGGAUGGACCUGAGUGUAACAAACUGGACGGUACGGACUCCACGGUGUUCCCACCCCUCAUGAAUCCUCAGGAGGACAUCGUAUCUUUCUCACCGGACCUCUGCAGGUCACUGCCUGCCAAGUACGUCGAGGACACAGAGUACCAAGGUAUAUCAGCCUCUCUGUACUCAGCCACAUUAGGAGAUAUGUCAACCAAUCCUGAUGAGAAGUGUUUCUGUCCUUCACCAGAUACUUGUCUCAAGAAGGGCGUUUUGGAUCUAACUGAGUGCGUAGAGUCCACCAUCAUAGUGACACUUCCUCACAUGUAUGAGGCGGAUCCCAGCUACAGAGAGACUGUUAUAGGAGUUUCUCCGGACAAAGAAAAACAUCAGAUUGUGCUAGUAUUUGAACCGAUCACCGGGUCCCCGCUGUCAGCAAGGAAGAGACUUCAAUUCAACAUUCAACUUCACCCCGUCAAAAAAGUCAAGAUCAUGGCAAACUUACCUAACUCAUUUCUCCCGGUGUUUUGGGUUGAAGAGAGCGUAGAUCUCAACAGCACAUUCACAGAUAUUCUCCAAGACAAUUUGUUUCGCCCAAUGUCCAUGGUCAACAGAGGUCGAUGGUUCGUUAUGGUUUUAGGAGUUGUUUUGGUGGUCAUAGGAUUGGUUGCCAGGAAGAUACAGAAGAACGCUAUCACAGUGACUCGCAUGGAACCUAAGACUCAAUCUCACAACGCCCAAGUAACUGACGUAAACUCAGCGUCUUCUGACAGGUUUUGA